AUGAUGAAAUGGCCAGUACCUAAUAAUGUCAAGCAGUUAAGGGGAUUCUUAGGCCUCACUGGGUAUUAUAGGAGGUUUAUUCAGGGCUAUGGUUUAAUCAGCAAACCUCUUACCAUGCUACUCAAGAAGGACCAGUUUAAGUGGGGAAAAGAGGCUGAGGAAGCAUUCAACAAGCUUAAAAGAGCAAUGACAACAGCACCUGUAUUAGCUUUGCCAAAUUUUGACCAGCCCUUUAUUGUGGAGACAGAUGCAAGUGGGGUGGGCAUUGGAGCAGUUCUCAUGCAAGGAGGCAGGCCCAUUUCCUUCCUAAGCAAGGCUUUAUGCCCAAAAAAUCAAGCACUCUCAAUCUAUGAAAGAGAGUUCUUAGCAGUACUCCUAGCUGUACAGAAGUGGAGACACUAUCUACAAGGCCACAGGUUCACUAUAAGAACUGACCAGCAGGCCCUAAAAUAUUUGAUGGAACAAAAGGUAGCCUCCUCUUGGCAACAAAAGGGGAUAAUCAAAUUAUUGGGACUGGACUAUGAUAUACAGUACAGGAAAGGAAAAGAAAACAAGGCAGCUGAUGCCUUGUCAAGGGUUGGAGAAGGAGGGGUUUGCACAGCAUUUUCUACCAUGGUACCCACCUGGUUGAAGGAAAUCAUUGAGAGCUAUAAGGAAGAUGAUGUUCUUAAAGACAUAGCCUUAUCGCCUCCAAACCCUUCAAACGCCAUUUUGCUCACCACCUCCUCGUCAAUCGACAUUUGCAGUUCUUCUUCUUUUUCAGGGAUGUUCAUAACACUCAGCCGAAGAAUAGUUCUCAGCAGAAGAACAAGGGCAAGAGUGGUGAAACUCUUAUCACUGUCUCAGGUGAUGUAG